AGUCGAAUAGCGACUGCAUUUGCUUGAUAAAACACCUCCAAGAAAACAUGGCAGAAUUUAAACAGACUAUGACUUCAGAAAAUCAUCCAAGGCCUUUAAAUGAGCAGGAUAUUCAAGAAUUAAGAACAGCCUUUAGUAUGUUGGAUGAAAAUGGGGAUGGAAAAUUAAAUAAAUCUGAUAUCAGGGUGAUGAUGAGCAAAAUGGGAUAUGAAGCUAAUGAAGAGAAUAUUGAUUUUUUAAUUUCAACCGUUGGAAAGUCAGGAAACGAUUUGGAAGAAGAUGAAUUUAUCCAUAUGAUGCAACAUGUUAGGAGGCCUAGAUCUGAUACGCUUUUUAACGCAUUUCAAGCUUUCGAUUUGAAUAAAGAUGGUUUUAUUUCAAGAGAGGAACUUAAGCAAGGGUUAGCUCAAAUUGGAGAAAACAACAGUGACACUAUUGUCGACGCCAUGUUGAAAGAAGCAGAUAAAGACAAAGAUGGUAGAAUAAAUUAUCAAGGUAAAGUAAGAGUACUAAAUUGA